AGUAAUCCCAAACGACAUACUACUGCUGUGCUCCGGAAUUAUCUUUGUUGAUGCCACGCCACAAAUCCCGCCCCCAUUUUUUGGGUCCAAGAUCGGCCAGCCAUGGCCCCUGCUAGCGCUGAUGUAGAUCGACUCCAAAGGAGGCUUGCCUCCGGCGGCCGUGGAAUGGACCUUCCCUCCAACGUAGCGGUGGAUCUAUCGCGCGUAAUGAGAGCUCUCUACAGAUUGCAAGGCGAGCUGACUGCUGCGGAGAAGCAACCGUUCGAGGCCAGCAGUCAGCCCCGCCUGAGAAAGAUCAAACAGAAUGUCUACGAUGUGGAAGAUAUUCUCGACGAGCUUGAAGAUGGCAGCAGCAGGGGUCGGAAGUUUGAUGGGGCUUCAGAUCUCUGGUCACAGAAUAACUAGGACACCUUCACUUCAAUAUUCGCAUGCUAUUUUGGAAGAGUCCUUGUUGGAAACCAUAUUCACAACCAUCCAAUCAUUUCGCUUCAUGCUGUAAUUGUUCCUUUCCCAUAUCAAACAAUAUAAAAACCAAUCUAGGACAGAGGAACAUGACAACUAGUAUUAGAUUGGCUGGACACUUCCAAGGCUUUCAAGUAGGCACCUUCCUACUUUCCUGGUAUACCAUGUCUUAUGUUUUUAACAUUUUUCCAUUCAAAACUGUUAGCUUGAAGUGCAAUUUGAUUUUUGAUGCUGUUAAUUAUUCUUAAGAAAAGGUACCCUGGAGAUUCUGAAAUCAGAUAGCUACUUAAUGAUCACUUGAUGGUGAAAUUUCAGGCAGUAUUUUUCUUCUCGUCUAACCACUCAGUUCUUCAUUGCCGUAUGGUGAAAAAAAUAAAGAAGAUAAGAAAAAGUUUGGAUCAUGUAUCAAAAGACUUCAUAUUGAGCUUACUGCACCACAGUACUGAUGGAGAUCAAACUUGUCAUCAUGAUGUGUUUGAUGAAUCUGCAAUAAUUGGAAGAGAUAAUGAUAAGGAAAAUUUAAGAGCCUUGCUCUUGUGUAACUGUGAAGAAAUUUUUUCCAUAAUUCCUAUAGUAGGUCUUGGGGGAUUGGGGAAAACAGUUCUUGCCCAGCUCAUUUUCACUGACAAAGAUGUACGAUAUAAUUUUGAUCUCCAUAUAUGGAUCAAUCUCAAUAUGACUUAUAGUCUUAAGGGUAUUGCUAGUGCAAUAAUUUCAGAAGCUAACAGAACAGAGCAAGGCAUGUCACAAGUCAAAGAGGAAAUCGAAGAUGAUCCUCAGAUCAUAAUGAAGUGUCUUCGAGAAGUACUUCAUCAUAAAAGAUGUCUCAUUGUCUUGGACGGCCUAUGGAGCACAGAUGAAGGGGAGUUACUUCAUCUCAAGAAAAUGCUACGAGGCAUAGAGAAGACCAAGAUUAUAGUGACUACUUCUAGUGAAAAUGUUGCUAAGCUGGUGCAUACUAUUCAGCCCUACAAAUUGGGUCCUUUAUCUGAAGAAAAUUGUUGGACUAUAUUUUCUCGAAGGGUGUUUUGUGGUGGAGAUAACUCAGACCCCACACGAAUGGGGAAGCAGAUUGUUAAUAGGUGUGAAGGUAUACCAGCAGUGGCUCAUUGUCUCGGUUCAUUGGUGCGUGAUAAAGGCAUGAGCAUUUGGAAUGAUGAAAAUCAAGAUCUGUGGAAAUUGGAGAGACAGUUUCCAUUCCAGGUCAACAUGUUCUCAUCAAUUAAACAGAUAUAUUACAACAUGUCAUCGGCAUUGAAAUCAUGCCUUAACCAUCUAUCAAUGUUUCCUAAAGGAUCUGAUAUUCGUAUGGAAAAUCUGAUCAGACAGUGGGCUGCGCUUGGCAUCCUCGGGUCAACACAUGGUUCCUUACCUAUUUAUUCCCAAGGGAAGAAGUAUAUCCAGGAAUUGCUUUCUGUAUUCUUCCUUGAAGCACCCAAUAAAUCCUCAGGUAGUGGACUAAAUUACGCUAGUGCCUCAAAGAUCGUCAAUGUGCACAAUUUAGUACAUGAGUUUGCCAGAUAUGUUACCAGUCAUGAUCUAUUUAUUAUGGAUGGUGAAAGGAAAAAUAAUGAUGGCACCGAGAUUUGCACAUCCCGAUAUGCAGUAUUGACUAGAUGCAAUGAUGGAUGCAAACUUCGCAAAGUUUUUCUCACAAGUGUAAGGGCGAUAUGUUUGAAGGACUGUGGGGGAGAAAAGUUUAUAGAAAAAAUAUUCUCUGGUCUAAAGCACCUACAUGUAUUGGACCUCAGUAGAUGCUCGUUUCUCAAAAUACCUAGUUCUAUUUACCAGUUAACCCAUCUGAGGUACAUUGACAUUUCUAGCUCAGCAAUUCAAGCACUGCCUGAUCAAAUGAGUUUCUUACAAAACCUUGAAGCUCUGGAUCUCUCAGAGACGCGUCUUCAGGUGCUACCUGAUUUUGUUGGAACUUUUCAGAAGUUAAAAUAUCUUAACCUAAAAGGAUGUCGCGAACUCCAUCACCUGCCCUCAAAACUUGAGGAUAUUAAGAGUUUGCAGCAUCUUAACCUGUCAUGCUGUCCAGCAGCUCACCAGCUACUUGAAUCUAUCAGUGGAUUUCAAGAACUUCGAUUUUUGGAUAUAUCAAGUUGUACAGAACUUCAAUCAUUGCCAGAAUCCUUCGGCAGACUAACAAAUUUAGAGGAUCUAAUCCUGUCCAAAUGCACCAGACUCAAGAAGUUACCAGAAUCAUUUGGUGAACUUUGUUUUCUUCAGUUCUUGAAUGUAUCCAAUUGCUGCGAGCUUGAAGAAGUGCCUGCAUCUCUUGGAAGGCUUGCUAGUUUGGAGGUUCUAAUACUUUCAGGAUGCAGAAGAAUUCAAAAUCUUCCUCAAUCAUUCAUUGACAUUGCAUUCUUGCGGAUUCUAGACCUUGCAGGGUGUGUAGAUCUUCACAUAAACCUUGGAAUGUUACCACAUAAUAAUCUAGAGAACCUUAACGUGGAUGGAUGUCACAAGAUCAAUGCUAUGCCUGGGUGGACUGCAAACUUCCCUAAACUACAUCCCAAAUGUCUACAAACCUGUGACCAACAAAUUCGAUGCUUGAUUCCAGAACAGCAAGUCUGUCUUAGUGACAAUGAAGUAGAGAUUAUCAAGGAGCUGAAUGUGUGUGUGCAUGACGGAAGUGAGGAAGCAAUAGCAAGUCAAUCAUGCCAAGCUGGUAACUCUGAACGUACCACUAAGGUCUUUGAGAAUUCAUCUGCACGUACAAGUCAUAACGUUCCUCAGCAUCCCACUAUCCCAACUGAUACUGAUAUCGCUGCUGAACCCGCUGAUGGAGCAGCAGCUGCUGGGGACUUACAACUAGCAGCAGUUGUCGGAGCAGGCACUCGCGCAGAGGCUACACUAGCUGCAUCAGUCCCUCGACGAUAUCGUCGGCGCCGCUCCCAACUACAUGAGAACCGCCGCACUGGAGAAGCUUGCCAGCCUCGAAAGCUUCAAUCAGCAGGAAGUAGUUCCUCCAGUACUGGAGUAAUUGGUUUUGCAUGUUGGCCGCGCAGGAAACCGAAAAAGCAUUUCUCCAAUGUACCUGCCAAGGAAGAUCCAGAGGGGCAUCUUGGCCAGCUUAAAAAAUUUUCACUUAGAGAACUAGAAGUUGCAACAGAUGGCUUCAGCGAUAAGAACAGUCUUGGAAGAGGUGGGUUUGGCAAAGUCUACAAAGGAAGGCUGGCAGAUGGUUCAUUAGUAGCUGUUAAGAGACAAAAGCAGGAGAUAACACCUGGUGCUGGGGAGCUGCAAUUUCAAGCAGAAGUUGAUAUACUUAGUACGGUUGAACACAGAAACCUUUUGCGUCUUCGCGGAUUCUGUAUGACACCAACGGAAAGGUUGCUUGUGUAUCCAUACAUGGCCAAUGGAAGUGUUGCGUCACGUUUAAGAGAACGCCCAGGAUCUGAACCUCCACUAGAUUGGCAAACUAGAAGGAGGAUUGCAUUGGGGUCUGCCAAGGGUCUGUCCUAUUUACAUGAUCAGUGUGAUCCGAAGAUUAUCCAUCAUGAUGUGAAAGCUGCAAACAUUUUGUUAGAUGAAGACUUCGAAGCUGUAGUGGGGGAUUUUGGUUUAGCCAAACUAAUGGAUUACAAAGAUGCCCAUGUAACUACUCCAGUUAGUGGAACAAUGGGUCACAUUGCACCAGAAUAUCAUUCAACAGGAAAAUCCUCUGAAAAAACUGAUGUAUUCAGUUAUGGAAUUAUGCUUUUGGAGCUUGUUACAGGGCAGCGUGUCCUUGAUCUUACUCGCCUUGCCAAUGACGACAAUGCCAGUCUGCUUGAUUGGGUCAAAGAGUUGCUCAAGGAGAAGAAACUUGAGAAUCUGGUUGAUGACGAUCUAAAUGACAACUACAUCGAUGUUGAGGUGGAAUCCCUGCUCCAGAUCGCGCUCCUCUGCACGCAGACGGAUCCCACAGAACGUCCUAAGAUGUCAGAGGUGGUGACAAUGCUUGAAGGCGAUGGUGGCCUCGCUGAGAGAUGGGAGGAGUGGCUGAAGGUAGCAGUAGAUCAGGAUGUCGAGCAUGGUUCACGUCGAACAUCAGAUUGGAUUGUCGAGUCAGCCUACAAGCUCAGCUCAGUUGAGCUUUCAGGGCCGAGGUGA